AUGGAUAGUCGCUUCUUCAGAAACCAUUGGAAUCCGACAUCCCACCCUCGCUACGCCCCGAGCGUGCGGGGAAUUCCUGUGCAGCAUCGCCAAAUGGCGCCGUCUCCGAAGGCUGCCCCGAAGGUGGUCUCCAUUCCGGUUCACUUCGUCGGCUCGGAGGCGACACGGUCGACCUCUGCAGCGAAGAUCCAGAAGGUGUUCAGAGGGUUUUUGGUGAGGAAGAGCGUGAAGAGGAUCUCGGCGAUUAGGCGAGAGGUCGAUGAGAUCGAGCGGAGGAUUUCGACGAGCGAAGUCGUUGAUUCGAUCCGGAAAGAUUCGAAGGAACGGCUGAAGGUAACCGAGACGCUCAUGGCUUUGCUUCUCCGGUUAGACUCGGUUCGCGGAAUUGAUUCCGGGGUUAGGGAUCUCAGAAAGGCCGCGAUCAAGAAGGCGAUAGCGUUGCAGGAAACGGUGGACGCGAUUGUUUCCGGCGGUCAAAGUGAAACCCUAAGUACAGUAACGAAUGGUCAAAAUCUUGAAGAUUCUAUGGGAAAUUCUGAUGUUAUUCCCCAAGCAGUCGAUCAAUUGCUCGAAACUAAAGAUGUUCCCUCCGAAUGUUCGAUAAACUGCGAGAAUGCAGAGGAAGAAACGGAAGGUAAAUCCUCGGAUAUUACUGAUCUUGCUGAUUUUGUUGGCGAUUGCAAAUCUUCCAACCACGACGCCAUUGAUCGAACUGAAGAGUUGGAAGAUGUAACCGUUGAGGCCACGCUUGCUCUAGAUUUGCAAAAUUGCGUAGAGACAGCGCCUGAUUCAAAUGAGUCCAAGAUGAUACGUGAUGGUUUGUGCGAAGACCAUGGCGCGCAAGAUUCAGAAGCAAAUAAAGAGCUUCCUACCUCGCAGAUGUUUGUCGAAAAUCAAAAUGCAACGCCUUCUGCCAGCGAAUGCGCGGAGGAAAUUAUAGCACCAAUUCCUAGUGAUCAGUCGGAUUCCGCAGCGAACUCGCCCAGUCCAACGGAACGCGGCGAGGAGGAUCCAAAUGCGAAGCCAAGGGAAGAGAAGAACAUAGGCCAGUCGGACGUAAGAGAGGGGAAUGGGAACAAGAAGAACCGAGAACUAAUUGAGAGGAUGAUGGAGGAGAAUGAGAAGCUGAUGGGAUUGAUGACGAAUCUGUACGAGAGGAAUGCAAUUCAGACGAGCUUGCUGAGCUAUCUGUCGCAGAGAGUGGAACAGCUGGAGAGAGCUUUCGUGUGUGAGAAGCUGAGGAGGAAGAAAAAGAAGAAGAGGCAUUCGGGUGGGGCGGGGGAUGUGUCGGAUCAAUCGCCGGAUGGUAAGAAAUGCGGGAAAAGAUAUUAA